AUGAGAGGCCUCAGCAAUUACUAUCUGUCCUGCUGUGUGAACACUUUACUGCAGACCCUCUCCGCUACCUGGGAACUAACUGCCAUGCUAGAAAGGUGGGACGCAGCUGGCGAGAGAGCAGAUGAUCGCAAUGUUCCCCUGCAGCUGAGGAGAGUUCUCGUCGCCAUGCGUGGAGACCUCCCUCAGCCGGCUCCACAUCGAGACUUCCUCCACUGUCUGGACAGAAACCGCAUUCGACUUAAUGUGCAGCAUGAUGCUGAUGAGGUGUUCCUCUCCAUUCUGAACUUCGUACAGCAGCAGAUGGGAGACAAAAAUCUGGCUCUUGAAAUUCACAAUCUGUACAAGAUUUCAGUGGAGACUCAUCUGCGGUGUUUGGAGUGUAGCUCUAUCCAAACCCGGAAAAGCCACAUGCUGAGCCUGCCUCUACACAUAAGGGAAGAUGACAACACUCUGGAAGACUGUAUGAAAUCCUUCUUUGAAGAUCAGGAUCUGAGGGGAAUAAAUAAUUGUUUUUGCAAAGGAUGUGGAAAAAAGAUGCCAUCCAGACAGGGCAUCAAACUCUGCGCCCUACCUGACAUCUUGUGCAUACACCUGAAACGAUUUAGGAAUUCACGUGGUUUCAUCCGAAAACUCAAUAGCAGAGUCACUUUCCCAGAAACCUUUGACCCUUCUGAGAUUUUGAAGGAAGCGUUCUCUACAGACUUUGCACAGAGUGGCUGCACGUACACCUUGUAUGCAGUAGUAGUGCACUGCGGGAGUGCUGAAUCUGGACAUUACACUGCCUAUGUAUGUGACAGAGCCGACAAGUGCUGGUACUACGCAGAUGACAGCAAUGUCCAAAAGGACUUCAUCAUAUUCACAAACAUGGAAACCUGA